AUGAGUAAGCAAUAUUGGACACCUAUAUCUGUACAGCUUCAAGUUCUUGAAUCUAUAUUUAAUCAAGGGAAUAAAACUCCAAACAAGUCAAGGAUCAUGCAGAUAGUCUCCGAACUAUUGUUGUAUGGGCAAAUAUUUGAUAUGAAUGUUUAUAAUUGGUUUAAGAGUAGCCGUGCUCGUUUAAGAAGGCUGGACAUAUCCACACAAGCACACGAUUCUGAACUUGUAAUUCAAUCAAGGGUACAAAAAGACAAAUUGCGUAAGAAACAUAUAGAUUCUAUUGAUCAUGUCGAAUUACAAAAGGAUCUUCAAGUUGAUGAAAACAUUGGCGUGGAAAAUGAAGUUUCUAAUUUUGAUUCAUGCUGUAUCGUACUGAGAUCUGAUCCGGGUCUCGACCAGAGAGUAUAUAACAUGCCAUCAUGUGAACAGGUUGCUGCAGUGUGGGUUGAUGAUGAUCCAUCUGCAAGCAUAAAGACUCGUGAUAUAUUAAUUUAUGGACAUUCCAAUACUGCACAUAGAGUAAAUUACUAUUAUGGCUGUUAUGAUCCACUUCAAUAUCCAUUAAUAUUUACCUAUGGAGAACUUGGAUGA